AAAAUCCCUUCAUCAGGAUCUCAGGUUCACGAGUUUUCUUGAGAAAAUUCACAAUUUCAAUAAAAAGAUAAUGGAGUCGACCCCUGUUAACUGGGAAACUCUCGACAAUCUUGUCGUCGAUUUCGCUAAAUCGGAAAAUUUGAUUGAAGAUUCCUCCUCCUUCUCCUCGUUUGCUUCUUCCUCAUCUCCUUCCUCGUCUUCCUCUUAUCAUUCAAGGUUGGUUAUACGCCAGAUCAGGCGCUCACUAGAGUCUGGCGACAUUGAUGCUGCCAUGGAUCUCCUCCAGAUACACGCUCCUUCUAUUCUCCAUGACCACAAGAUUCUCUUCCGCUUGCAGAAGCAGAAAUUUAUUGAGCUUCUUAGGAAGGGGAAGACUGAAGAUCGCGAUUCUGCAAUUGACUGUCUAAGGACGUCUCUUGCUCCCUGUGCACUUGAUGCUUACCCGGAAGCAUAUGAGGAAUUCAAGCAUGUUCUACUCGCUUUUAUAUAUGACAAAGAUGAUCAAAGUUCUCCCGUAGCAAAUGAGUGGUCUGAAAUGAGAAGGUUUGACCUAGCUGGAUUGAUGUCCUCUGUGUUAAGAGCUCAUUUGCAAGCUUAUGAUCCAAUAGUUUCAAUGGCUCUGAGAUAUUUGAUAAGCAUUCACAGGGCAUACUGCUUACGGCAAGGUGUAACAUCACAAAUCUCAGAUCUGAAUGAAAGAUUGCUCCUAGAGGAGCGUGACCCUCCUGCAGCACCACAGGACACUCUAUAUGAACUGCCACCGUUCAGUGAGGUUGACAUACAGGCUCUUGCACAUGCUGUAGAGCUUACCAGACAAGGGGCAAUUGAUAGCUUGAGAUUUGCUAAGGGUGAUCUAUUUCAGGCAUUUCAGAAUGAAUUAUGUCGGAUGAGACUGGAUGUCCCACUACUCGAUCAGCUUGUUCGUGAAUAUUGUGUUUACAGAGGCAUUGUUGACUCUGUACUUCCCAAGCAAAGGGUUACAGCAAAUGUAAAAUUCAGUCAACAAGACUCCGGGUAUUGUUCAUCAAGAGAUUGUUCUCUUGAGCUUGAUUGCAAUGCUGGCAAGCAUUCAGAUGGUGAAACUUCUGUUACCAAUGCUCACACAGAUGGUUCCCCUGAAAAUAAUGCUGAUGUGACUAGUAUGCAACAAGUGGAUGUUGAAGUACGAUAUGCUUCCGAACCCACAAGCAAUCAUGAAGACUGUAGCACCAGUGGAUCACAGCAACUGGAAAAUCUAAGAGUAUUGCAGCAAAGCAGAUUGCAUGGAAAUGGGGAAAGAAAUAAACGUAAGCGGUGGAGAGGACGAUAUGAUGAUGAUAGUUACUCACUUGAUGCUUCAUUUGAAGAGCAUAAACAAGAGUAUAGCAUAAGCACCGUUAUUUCUACUUUGUCAAAGGAGAAACAGGGAUCUGAAAAGCUUUCUGCAUUUGAAGUUAACAGUAUGGAGGAUAAAUUUGAGAUAAUGUUGGCAAUGAAGGAAUUAGCUAGCAAAGGAAUGGCUGCAGAAGUUGUUGACAAAGUUAAUGAUAUUGAUCCAAACUUCUUUGUGCAAAAUUCAGUGUUGCUUUUCCAACUUAAGCAGGUUGAAUUUCUCAAGCUGGUCAGCUCUGGUGAUUAUAAUGCUGCUUUAAGAGUUGCUUGCUCCCAUUUGGGUCCUUUGGCAGCUAAUGAUCCUGCUCUAUUAAAGCCCUUGAAGGAAACUCUUCUGGCCUUACUUCAUACGAACGAAGAUGCUCUUGGAAAUGUCUUGCCUUUGCAUGCUUUGGCUGCUUCUCUCCAGGUGGCAGUUGGUAGGAGGCUCGGUGUUGAGGAACCUCAACUCAUGAAAAUAAUGCGAGCAACUCUUUACACACAUAACGAGUGGUUUAAACUUCAAAUGUGUAAAGAUCGCUUUGAAGGUCUUUUGAGGAUUGAUUCUUUGAAGGAAGUUAAUGCUCCUUUCCUUGCUUCUGUAUCCAUGUCUAAGUCAUAUGCAGAUAGCUGCACACAUGGUUCUUCCCAGGUUACGGUAUCUUCGGGAACUAGGGUGUCAGAAGAUGGAAGCAGUCCGACCCAAGUGUCAUCUAGGGAUGUCAUUUGCGAUGAAAAUGCAAUACUCAAAGUAAUGGAGUUUUUGGCUUUGCCUAGAGCAGAUGCUAUUCAUCUGCUCGCACAAUACAAUGGCAAUGCAGAGACAGUCAUUCAGCAGAUAUUCCCCUAGUCUUGAGGAAAGCCUUACAAAUCCGGUUUGCUGGUUUGCAAAAAUGUCGUUUAUUUGAUUUUUUUUUUUAAAUAUUUGAUUUCAUUUGUUAUUAUUUAUAACACGUGUACAGAUAACUGCGAAGGGAAUGCCUCAAAAGAUCUGAAUGGGCGUCAAAAUAUAUUUGUACAUAAGAAUCUCUUAAUUUUUUAUUUUCUCAAUUUUGAUGUGGGAAAGUUGUCAUCGAAUGAAAUAAUAAUUGGAGCACUAAGAAACCUUACAA